CGCCAAGCCUUCGACCAAUAUGGCUGGAACUGCCGAUGCUGCGAAGAACGCUCUGAGCUCAAUUUUCGACAAGACAAAGGACGUGCUUUCCACUGCAGCGGAAACGACUAAGGGCUACGCUUCACAAGCUCAGCAGGCGCUUGGAAAAAUUAUACCAGGGGCGAACAACCAGGAGCAGGUCCCCGACGUAGCGGCCGCUACCGCUCCUGGACAACCACAGACCAUCGAUCCAACCAUCACGGCCACAACUCAGUGAAGAACCAAAUUGAAAUUAAAUACAUCUACUUAUGUAAGCUAAUCGCACUAAGCAUGUUUCCACUUUGUCACGAUCUGAUAUAUAAUCAUCUGUGCCGAUAUAUACCCAUGCUGAAAUUUUCUUAAUAUUCAGAAAUGAUCUCUAUCGAAUAGCUAGUAUUUUAUCAUGAAGAACGUAGAUUUUUAUGAAUAAACUGUCCCAUC